AAUUGCAACCUUCAUCAUCUGAAAUAUAAUUUUUUUUUUUUAUUAAAAAUAAUAAAUUUAAAAAUUUGUUUCUAUUUAAUUUUUAAUUUACUUUUUCUAUUUUUGGAUUUGAUUAAAUUUAAAUUUUCUAAAUGCUUUGCCUCAUUCGAUACUGUCCGAUGAACGGUUAUCGAACUUCAACACUCCGAGGACUAGGAGCGUGACGACCGGAAGUAAAGACCGGAACAACAGAGGACCCAUUUCGUUUAGUCUUAUUCAACGUGUUCUAACUCUGACAAUCAUUCAGUUCACACUUUGAAAGCGUUGUGGUCGUGUUAAACCAUUUAUCGAUUGAAUUCCCCUUGCUCAUUUUUUUUCAAGUCAAAAAGUUUUCAAAAUUAAAAAAAAAAUUAGACAAGUGUGUUUAAUAUAUAUAUUUAUAAAUAAUUGUGAUUGUUUUUAAAAAAUAAAAUAUAAAAAACGUAUUUUUUUUAUAGCUAAAAUAAUGUGGACUUCAAAUUUUUAUAUUUUUCUCUUUAUUAUCAAGUGAAAAUAGUAGUUGAAUAAUUUUUUUUUGCAAUGCAGAUUUUUGAAAUAGAAUAAAAAAAAAAAAAAUUGUUUUAUGGAUAUUGAGUGUCGAUAUAAUGAAAAACUCAGAAUGUGUUUGUUUUUUAUUUCUGUUUUUUGUUCUGGGUACCGGAGCCAUCAAUUGGUACCCAAAAUCUUUGAAAUCAAUGUUUGGAGAACAAAUCGACUUGGUUGGGGCUGACAAUGUUUCGCUUGCACAAAAUCAAAGUGAAUCUAUAUUAAUCGACGGAAUAGGUUCUCCAAAUCCAAUGGAUUUGGGUGUUCACAUUCUUCGUCCAGAAGCUCGCAGUGAUACUGGAGAACAUGAUCGAGAACCAUUUGAUGAAGUGGAAAAUAUUGAACCCAGACAAUGGGCAGACAAAACAGAGGGUUUUCCAACGAGUGCAACAACAAUAAGAGGUUUUUUCCCAUCAGGAAGAACUACGAGUCCGACAACUCUUGCUCAAAGAAAUCCUUCCUCUCAAGGAAAUCCAGUGAUUACUGCACCUCCUCCGACAGCAUCAGUUGAUGAAGUAUUUUGUGAUUUUGGUCCUCUACCAGUGCAAUCGCUUUGUGAAUGGCAAGAUGGAAAUGGAGCCUUGCCAUGGACCACGGGAACUGGUCUAAGUACCAAUUGGUUAGGAGGUCCACCAAUUGAUUCAACUGCUGGAUCCAUGGAAGGAGGAUAUGCCUUUUUAGAAACCUCUCAUGUGCCACCUAAGGAUAAAAAAUCAAGAAGUCACGGUGGUCUUUUGCACAGUCUUCAAUUAGGAAGUACAGGAGUUUUUGGAACUUGUUUUAUGUUCAAAUAUGCGAUAAAUGGUUUAAGUUCCGCUGGUCUUAGAAUACUUUUACACAUGGGAGUUGAUGAAUAUUCAAUAAAAAAAGAAAGAGCCGAUGAGAUACCAAUUGAAAAUACAACUGUGACCACUACAUUUACAAAUAAACCUUUUGAUAGUGGAGACGAAAGAGUUCUCUGGCAUGCACAAUAUUAUACUCUUGGAGUUUGGCAGCAGGCUCAAAUUCUCUACACUUAUCCUGAAUUACAUUCGCUCGUUAUCGAAGGUGUGCCUGUAGAUUCUGCUGAUCCUUCUAGACUUUAUCGAGGAUAUAUUGCAAUAGACGAUAUCGAUCUUCAACCAGGUUCCUCAUGUGUUGGAUUUUGUAAUUUUGCAGGUGGAUUCUGUGACUGGACCAAUGAUGCUGAAGAUGAUUUUGAUUGGAUAAUUAGCAGAGGAAGCAAUGAUCCAACGACAGGACCUGCAAUGGAUAGUUCCAGCGAUCGAGCAACAGCUGGUGGUUAUGCUUAUAUUGAUUCUCGAUAUCCUCGACGACCUGGAGACGUAGCAAGACUUAUGAGUAUCAGUUUUCCUGGAACGGGACCUGAAUCUCCAAUGUGUAUGCAUUUUUGGUUUCACAUGUUUGGCUCAGGAAUUGGAAAUUUGAAAGUUCAUCUUCGUCAUUUUCGUAAUUUGGACGCUCAAGUACAAGAGAUUUGGGCACUCAGUGGAAAUGCUGGCAAUGCAUGGUUUAAAUCGGAAGUCACUAUUAGUUCCCUUGAUGAUUUUCAACUCAUCUUCGAGGCUUCUGUGGGAAACACUGGAAUGGGAGAUAUUGCAAUUGACGAAAUUACUUUCACUCCUGGCGUUUGUCCGACAAUGCCACAAGUUGCGGCUCCUAUUCCAAGAGAUUGUACAUUUGAGAUUGAUGAAUGCGAUUGGGUAAACUCGAGAGAUCCUGAUCGUGUGGAAUGGGAAAGAAUAUCAAUUUCAACGUUGAGUCCACGAAAUCAGAGAAAACCUUAUAGCAAUGGACAUACUGUGAGUCGUCGAAAUGAAUAUUUUUUGGGUUUAGCACGCUCGAGAGGAGGAUUAAGAAAUAUUGGAGGAGGAACUGCACAAUUAAUGAGUCGUGAAUUCAAAGGCUCUGAUGAUCCACUUUGCGUUACUUUUUGGUAUUUUAUGUUUGAAUCAUUUAUCGACUCAACUGGUCCAAGUUUAGGCGUUCUGCGUGUUUUGGUGCAAAGUCUCGGAGAGAGUUCCUCAGAUGCAAAUCCAAUUUGGCAACUUUAUAAUAAUCAAGGACCAACUUGGAGUUUUGCGCAGGCAAGUGUCAAUGAAAGAAAAGAUUUUAAUAUAAUUUUCGAAGGAACUUGGGGACCGAAUAGAGCAAGUGGAAGCAUUGCCAUUGACGAUGUCGCUUUUUACACUGGAAAUUGCACUGUGAGACCAAUUAGUGCAAUCGCAAAGGCAGAGGAUUGUAGUUUUGAGAAAGGUUUAUGUGGAUGGGAAAAUAAAACGUCUGCUGUAAAUGAUCGAACUGUGACAUGGCAAAGAGCUUUUUUAACACACAGACCAGCACAAUUAUUGGAUAAAACAUUUGGUGCAACGGGAGAUUUUGUUUUCUUCGAUAUUUUUACCACUAAUCAAAAAUCAGCAAAAGUUCAACUUUUAUCGCCAAUAAUUAAUAAUUCCCCUGACGAAACUGCAUUGUGUUUUACAUUUUGGUUUGCGGCAUUUGGUGUUGAGGAAUCAACAUCUUUGAGAAUUAUUAAAGUUUCAGUAGAUGGAGAAAAAAGCAGUGACGAUGAUGAGAAUCAGGAUAAAGAAUUGCUUUGGCAAUUGACGGCAAAAGGAUUUAAUAAUAUUAGACCGUCUUGGGUAGCUGCUCAAUUUGCAAUAGAGGCUCGAGCACCUUAUCGUCUUAUUUUAGAAGGAACCGCUAGUAAUGGAGGCUUUGCCAUUGAUGACAUCAAAUUUCAACCUGAAUCUUGCAUGACACGACCAGCAAAAGCUCAACCAGCAGCUAUCGCAGCUUAAAUAAGAAUAAUUUUAAUUAGUUUAAACUGAUUUAUUAAAUAACCAGUGAAAAGACUGUGUGUGAUAUUUAAAUUAAAACUAGUAAAUAAUUAUUAGCCUUAAGAGAAUUAAAAUGAGUAAUUAAAUUAACAAUUUAAAUUAGCAUUAAAAUAAGUUUUUUUUUAAAGUAGCUUAAAUGUGGUACUGUACCCAUAAAGAAAAAGAGUAAGAAAAAAAUCAUUACACAUUUUUAACAGCGAAUUUUUCUGUUAGAAAUUUUAUUCUAAUUUUUUGUACGCAUUUAGAUAUUAUUAAUUUAAUAGCAACAUCGAAUUAAAAAUUUGUUAGUAUAACUUUUUAACUAUGUUUUAUACUUACAUUAUUACGUAAAAUAAAUAAAAUAUCAUCGGUUCGGUUAAUUUUGGAAAAAUGCAAUCAUUUAAUAUAUUUAUGAAUAGAUAAGAAUUAAAUAAAUAAUUUUACUUAAUUCUAAUAUAUUUAUGAAUA